GUAAACAUCAGUCCGUACGCUCUAAAAUAAAAUCAAAUGUUGCGCGAUGUUGCGCUACACCGAGUGCGGGCUUUAGUCAAGAUACGCCCUGACAUCGUUUUCCGACAAAAACUCCUAGACCGACCGCUGUAAACUCAUUCGCGUCCAUCCAUACGGCGGUCCUGUACAGCGUGUGCGUCCUUGUGCGUUUUUCAAAAACACCAUAAUAAUUACUAAUUAUAUUAUAUUGCACCUGAUAACGAUAACAAAUUAUAUCCAUAAUAUUUUCGAAUACUUUUUAGUGUGAAACCUUAAGUAUGCAGUGAAAAUAUUGCGAUGAUAACGUCUUACAAGAUCCGAUACACAAUAUAUAUAGUUUUAUCAAACACCUAUACUGAAAAUGUUAACUUACAUUGAUGUGCAUCUUAUUUAUACCCUGCCGGUCAUCGCAGUGUUGGCGUUGAUAACAUGGCCGUUUAUAAGUCGCUUAGAACUGUUCAAAAUUGCAUUCGUCUGCACGAUGGCGUUUGUUUACACAACACCAUGGGACAACUAUAUAAUCUUCCACAAUGCCUGGAUGUACAAACCCAAAAACAUUUUAGCCGUUAUAGGAUACGUGCCCGUUGAAGAAUACAUGUUUUUCGUUAUACAAACUGUAAUGACUUCACUGUGGGCCUUGGUUUGUACAAGAUGGUCUCCGGCUUGUUUCUAUUUCAAUUUCAAUAAAACAAGCUACACACUGAUCCGUUGGAUACCAAUAUUAGUUUUAGCGUUUACGGCAAUUCAAGGCUACAACAUAGCUGUACCGGGUAAAGAUACGUUCUAUUUGGGUUGCAUUCUCUGGUGGUCGUGCCCAGUCAUAAUGUUCUUAUGGUACGGUGCUGGUAAUUACUUUGUCAAAAAAUCAACGUCGACAGCGAUCGCGGUAAUCGUUCCGACUUUAUACUUGUGCUGGGUCGACCGGAUAGCACUUAAAGAUGACGUAUGGCACAUUAACGAGAAAACUUCGUUGAACAUAUUCGUCGUCGAUGAUUUACCGUUUGAGGAAUGCCUGUUCUUUCUGAUCACCAACGUAAUAAUCGUCCUGGGCAGCAUGGCUUUCGACAAGUCCUACGGGCUUGCAGACACGUAUACGUUUGAAUUUCUACUCAAUUACGACACUAGUUGGAAAUACAACAUUCAGCAAAUGCGAGCUUUCCUGACUGCCGAAUGCGACAUGUCUCCAAGUCCAGUCAACGACAUCAGACGGUGUUUAAACGUACUGAAAACGGCUUCCAAGUCGUUCAACGUGGCCAGUCUCGUUUUUCCAGCAGGAAUACGUUUGCAUUUGAUCAUACUAUACGCAUUUUGUCGGGUGACGGACGAUAUGAUCGACGGCGAUCCGAACAUCGGUGUAAAGAAGCAGAAGUUGGCACUGAUUGAAAGGUUUAUUGGUGAAAUUUUCGCGGAUAGAAGUGCAGACUACGACGUGAAGACGUUGACACCACGGAAACCAGAAGUGGACUGGCAACGGUACCGCCAAGAACUAACCGCCGAGGAACUGUCGUGCUUUCGGGCCAUAUCGCAGAUAUCCUUUUACCUGCCGCGUAAACCAUUCUAUGAGCUGCUCGACGGCUACCGAUGGGACGUUAACGGUAAAAUUGUUCAAAACGAGACUGACCUGCUGUUGUACUCGAGCUACGUGGCUGGUAGCGUGGGGACGCUGUGCGUAUAUGUGAUGAUGUACAAGAGUAAUGUAAAUAUCGACGACGAUGCAAGGCAUAAUUUCGUUAUUGAAAAAGCACAGCAGAUGGGACAGGUGCUGCAGAUCGUCAACAUCUCCCGGGACAUCGUUACAGACAGCGAGACGCUGGGCCGGUGCUACGUGCCCGCCGAGUACAUGGACGACGCGGCCGCGGACAUGAACGUCCUGUGCGCCGACAGGAACCCGUGGACGCUCGGUUCCGAUAAGCUGAAAGCGUACACCACGCGCAUGAUCAGCCUGGCCAAGCGGUACCAGCUGGAGUCGCUGGAGGGCAUCCGGUUCCUGCCGUACGAGGUGCGCGGCCCCGUGCUGGUGGCCACCGACAUUUACCGGGGCGUGGCGUGCGCGUUGGAGGCUAGCCCGACGUACCCGCGGAGGGCGUCGCUGAACAAGUGGGAAAAGAUCCUCAUCGGCGUCAAUUCGCUGUACGUCAAGAGCCUGAGGUACUUUUACCAAGCCGGUCACUGCAAACGCUGUUGACGCGAUGCCGACGGGCCACCGCGAAAAAUGCAUUUCCCGGACGCUGACGGCCUUCGAAUUGCACGUGCCGCAUCAUCGUGGUGCAUUCCCUUUUAGUUACGGUGGAUUUAAAAAGAAAAAAAAGUUCCACCGCCAUUACAUACUAUUAGGUUAUUCUUAAUAAUUAUUUGCUGUCCUAUUCGUUAUAAUUGGGACCAAAUAUUAUAUUUUUUUAAGAUUUUUAAUAAUGUAUAAUCUCAGACAACCGAUAUCGUACCAACAGUGUUCACAUAUGCAUAUAAGUAUAUAACCACAUGAAACUUAAAUGAACUUAACUAUUUUGCAACUUGUCAAAAUCGUAAACUAUGCUUAAUUGUAUAAUUGUAAAAAAAUAAAAAAUAUUUCAGUUUAGUAUUCAUUAUCCAUCCGUCAAAUGGUUUUUUAAAAGAACAGAUCUAUUCCGGAUUAAAAAACCUAAUAAAUUACUAAGAUAUAAAAUAGUAAUAUAGAUACUAGAUCAUUUGUUCCCACAAACGGGGUAGUAGCGUAAAAAUAAAUACAAUUAAUUGAUAUUAUCCCAAAGGAUGAUUUGAAAAACGAGUGUACACUGUACACCGCUAUUCAAUAAGCACGCGCGCACGUGGCAUUAUACAAUUAUAAAUUAAUUCAUAAAAAUUCAUCAGAAUACGAUAACUCACUAUAACUUCUAUGACGUGUAUAGACUUUAUAUUUUAUACGAAUAUUCAUACAUAAUAUACAAACAUUUAUCCUUAGAUAAAAGUAUAAAGUAUAUAGGUACCUAACCCACCUAUAAGAAUUAAGAGCCGUUACUAAUAUAUUUACACACAAUUAUAUAAUAAUAAAAUGUAUAAAUAUUUGUAAUAAGCUUAAAUAAUA